AUGGCUGCGCUGAGACGCUCCGUGGCGGUGUGGAGCAGCCUCCUGGCGCUCUGCGUCCACCUGCGGCCGGCCGCCGCCUGGCCCGCCCUCCGGGAGCACCAGCCCUCUCACCUGAACCUGUCGGAGAGCGCCGAGAGCAAGGUGGAGCGCCUGGGCCAGACGUUCAAGCGCAACGUGCGCCUGCUGCGGGAGAAGAGCCGCAGCCUGGACCUGGUCUUCCUGGUGGACGAGUCGUCCAGCGUGGGCAGCGCCAACUUCCUCAGCGAGCUGCGCUUCGUGCGCAAGCUGCUGUCCGACUUCCCCGUGGUGCCCUCGGCCACCCGCGUGGCCCUCGUCACCUUCUCCUCCAAGACGCACGUGCUGGCGCGCGUGGACCACAUCUCCGCCCCGCGCUCGCACCACCACAAGUGCUCCCUCUUCAACCAGGAGAUCCCCGCCAUCACCUACCGCGGAGGGGGCACCUACACCAAGGGAGCCUUCCAGCAAGCUGCGCAAAUCCUGAGGCACUCGCGGCAGAACGCCACCAAGGUGAUCUUCCUCAUCACGGACGGGUACUCCAACGGCGGGGACCCGCGGCCCGUGGCGGCUUCGCUGCGCGCCCUCGGCGUGGAGAUCUUCACCUUCGGGAUCUGGCAGGGCAACAUCCGCGAGCUCAACGACAUGGCCUCCCACCCCAAGGAGGAGCACUGCUACCUGGUGCACAACUUCGCCGAGUUCGAGGCCCUGGCCCGACGCGCCCUGCACGAAGAUCUCCCGACCGGGAGCUACAUCCAGGAGGACCUGUCCCGCUGCUCGGCGCUGUGCGAGGCCGGUCGGGACUGCUGCGACCUGAUGGCCAGCUGCAAGUGCGGAACGCACACGGGCCAAUACGACUGCAUCUGCGAGAAGGGCUACUACGGCAAGGGCCUGCAGCACGAGUGCACAGCUUGUCCAUCCGGGACGUACAAACCAGAGGGCUCCCCUGGAGGGCUGAGCACCUGCGUCCCCUGCCCUGACCAACACCACACCUCCCAGCCCGGCAGCACCUCCAUGGAGGACUGUGUCUGCAAGCCUGGGUACAGCCCAGUGGGCAAGACCUGCGAAGUGGUUCACUGCCCCGAGAUCCACCCACCGGAAAAUGGCUUCUUCAUUCAGAACGUGUGCAACAACCACUUCAACGCUGCGUGCGGGGUCCGCUGCAAGCCUGGGUUCGACCUGCUGGGCAGCAGUAUCCGACUGUGCCAGCCCAACGGUGAAUGGUCAGGCUCUGAGCCAAGCUGCAGAGUCCGCACCUGUCCCGCGCUCACUCCGCCCCAGCACGGCCGUAUCAACUGCUCAGAGGGCGGCGCCCCCUACAGGACGAGGUGUGAGGUGCGCUGCGAGGAGGGAUACAGGCUGGAGGGCAGCGCGCGGCUCAGCUGCCAGGCCAACUCUCAGUGGAGCGGGCCCCAACCACGGUGUGUGGAGAUUCGCUGUCCUCCCAUGGUGACCCUUAAAAAUGUACUGCUGUCGCCCCCUACCUGUGGAGAGAGGGAAGUGAAGGCUGGCACGGUGUGUCAGCUGGCAUGUCGCCAAGGUUACAGUCUCCAUGGAGACCUGGAGGUGCAGUGUCUGCCUUCUGGAGACUGGAGCACCAAUGUGCACAGAGCUACCUGCACAGACUCGGAGCCUCCUCGGAUCCUCUGCCCCAGGGAUGUUGUGGCGGAGACAGCGGAGCACCACGGCUUGGCCAACAUCAGCUGGACCGUGCCCAGGGCGCGGGACAACUCCGGGGAGGAGGUGGUGGUUCAGGUCACGCCCAUCUUCACCCCUCCCCAGCUGUUUCCCAUCGGAGAGGAGAGGAUCACCUACAUGGCCAUCGACCACGCCGGGAACCGGGCCAACUGCUCCUUCAGUGUCACGGUCAUCGAUACGGAGCCCCCUGUGAUUGACAGGUGCAGAUCGCCGCCCACUUUCCAGACAACGGAUACCGAGAUGGUCGUCGAGUGGGAGGUGCCACAGUUUUCUGACAACUCAGGAGCCACUCUGAAAAUCUCCAGCACACAUACCCCAGGAUCUGUGUUCCCCACUGGAGAGACUGUGGUGCGAUACACAGCCACUGACCCCUCCGGCAACAACCGCACAUGCGACAUUCACAUCAACGUUCAAGGCUCGUCAUGUGAGCAGCCCUUUCACCCGGUGAACGGGGAGUUCUCGUGCACUGAGGAGGAGGAGGGAGUCAACUGCACCCUGUACUGUAAGGACGGGUACAGCCUCACCCAAGAGACCGUGAACAGCUACUUCUGUGCCAACAACGGCGUGUGGACCCCGCCGUACUCCUCAGAACAGCCCGACUGCUCUCUGAACCGCAUUGCGAAUCACGGUUUCAAGCCCUUUGAGAUGCUGUUCAAAGCCUCCCGCUGCGAUGACUUGGACCUGCUAAAGACCUUCACUGGGGAUUUCAACAGUGCACUAGGGGAAAUGGUUCCCACAUUCUGCAGUGGAGACGACAUCGCCUGCAAGCUGGAGGUGAUGUCACAGGGCCAAUGCCUUGAGUACAACUACGAUUAUGAAAACGGGUUUGCCAUCGGGCCUGGAGGGUGGGGCAGUAACUGGGGCCCCCAGGACGGGCAGGAAUAUGCGUACUUCGAUGUGGGCUUUGCCACCGACCGCCAGCCUUCUACACAGCAGCAGGGCAGUGCUGCUCCAAAGAGCAGCCCCUUAAGGGCCAAACGUCACCGCAAACCACCCGGACCCACCAGGGACCAGAAGAUCCAGAUCUUCUUCAACAUCACAGCAAGCAUUCCGUUGCCGACAUCACGGAAUGACUCGGUGGAGGCGUCCAAUCAGAAGCGGUUGCUGCGGACCCUGGAGCAGCUGACCAAUCGGCUCAAGCGGACGCUGAGCAAGCAGCCCCUGUCCACCUUCCACGUAGCCUCCGAGAUGAUCGUGGCCGACCCCAAGUCCCUGGAAAGCCAGAAGGCCUCCUUGUUCUGCAGGCCAGGCUCCGUACUGAAGGGGCGGAUGUGUAUUCAGUGUCCGAUCGGAACAUACUACUCUCUGGAGUACAGUACGUGCGAGAGCUGCUGGAUUGGCUCCUACCAGGACCUGGAGGGACAGAUGGAGUGCAAGGUGUGUCCGGACGGGCACUCCACCGUCUACCUCCACUCCCGCAGCGAGGCCGAGUGCAAAGCACAGUGCAAACCGGGGAGUUACUCUGCGAAUGGCCUGGAGACCUGCGAGUCCUGCCCACUGGGACUCUACCAGCCUGGGUUCGGCUCCAAGCUCUGCCUGGCCUGCCCCGGGGACACCACCACGGUCAACAGAGGGGCGGUGGAUGUGGGAGAGUGCGGGUUGCCGUGCUCGGCCGGACACUUCUCCCGCACAGGGCUGUUGCCAUGCUACCCCUGCCCACGGGACUACUACCAGCCUGAGGAAGGCCGCUCCUUCUGCCUGUCCUGCCCUUUCUACGGGACCACCACCAUCACCGGGGCAACCAGCAUCCAGCACUGCUCCAGCUUCGGCUCCAGUUUCCUGCCCAAGGAGGAGAGCGUGACCACGGCCCCAGAAGUCAUCCGGGAGGACUACCAGGCCAGCAGCCAGGUGUUCCACGAGUGCUUCCUCAAUCCCUGCCAGAACAGAGGGACGUGCGAAGAGGUGGGGGCGGGUUAUUUGUGUUCCUGCCUCCCGGGAUUCACAGGAUCGAAAUGCGAGAGUGACAUUGAUGAAUGCGAGUCGACUCCGUGCCAGAACGGCGGUCUCUGUAAGGAUGGCAUCGGGAAGUUCCUGUGCAAGUGCCAGCCUGGCUACGUGGGCAACCUGUGUGAGGUGGAGGUGAACGAGUGCAGCUCCAGCCCCUGUUUGAAUGAUGGCGUCUGCGUGGACGAGGUCAACCAGUUCAGCUGCAACUGCCCCGACGGCUACACAGGCGUGCACUGUGAGCUGGAGAUUGACGAGUGUCUGUCGAACCCGUGUCAACACAAGGGGGUGUGUGAGGACCUGACGGGAGGGUAUUCCUGCACCUGCGCUCAGGGCUUCAUCGGGGAUAGCUGCGAGAUCGACAUAAACGAGUGCCUCAGCGCCCCCUGCCUGAAUGGAGGAAUCUGUUCAGAUGGCAUCAACAGCUUUACGUGCCGGUGUCUCAGCGGUUACACAGGACGGCUGUGUGAGAUGGAUGUGAAUGAGUGUAUCUCCAGCCCCUGUCUCCAUGGAGCCACCUGCGAGGACGGCCGGGGCUUCUUCACCUGCAGGUGCCCUCCUGGGUUCAACGGAACCAGGUGUGAGACAGAGAUGUCCUCCUCAUUCAACCUGGACUUUGAGGUGUCCGGUAUUCACGGUUUCGUCAUGAUGGAUGGCGUCAUGCCCUCCCUCACGGAGAUCACCAGCACCUUCUGGAUGAAGUCGUCUGACACCACCAACUACGGCACGCCCAUUUCUUACGCUGUGGAGGGAGGAAGUGACAAUGCCUUCCUGCUGGUCGACUACAACGGAUGGGUCGUGUACGUGAACGGGAAGGAGCGGAUCACGGACUGCCCGGCGGUCAACAACGGGCGCUGGCACCACAUCGGCGUGACCUGGAGGAGCUCGGAUGGGGACUGGAGGGUCUACAUCGACGGGAACCUCUCGGACGGAGGGAAAGGCUUGUCGGUUGGCACCACUAUCCAAGGGGGAGGGGCGCUGGUUCUGGGGCAGGACCAGGACCAGAAGGGUGAGGGCUUCAACCCCGUGGAGUCCUUCGUGGGAUCCAUCAGCCAGCUCAACAUCUGGAACUACGUUCUCACCCCUCAGCAAAUCAAAGCGUUAGCCACUAGCUGUCCAAAGGACAUUUUCCGAGGCAACGUAUUCGCCUGGCCAGACUUCCUCCGAGGGGCUAUGGGAAGAGUGAAGAUCUCAGAAAAGAGCAUAUUCUGUGCUGACUGCCCCCUGCUGGAGAAUAGUGUCCCCCACCUGCAUGCCUCCAGCACUGCGGUGAGCCCUGGCUCCCAGGUGCAGCUGUACUGCGAUCCUGGGUUCGACCUGGUGGGGGAGUCAGUGCAGAAGUGCCUCAACAUGGGAGCGUGGAGCCACCCUUUGCCCCGUUGUGACAAGGUGAGCUGUGGGCCUCCCCCGCCCCUGGAACACGGCCUGUACGCUGGCACCGAUUUCCACGCCGGCAGCUCCGUGACGUACCAGUGUAAUUCCGGCUUCUACCUGCUGGGGGACGCCAAGGUGCUGUGCGCCAACAGCGGGGUCUGGAGCGGGAACCCUCCGGCCUGUCUCGAUGUGGAUGAGUGUGCCCUCGGCUCAGACUGUGACACCCACGCCAGCUGCCACAACACAGACGGCUCCUACACCUGCACCUGUGUACCACCCUAUAGUGGUGAUGGAAAGAACUGCACAGAACCGGUGAAAUGUAAAGACCCGGGGUCCCCAGAAUUCGGCUAUCGGGAUGGAAGCAUCUUUAUUAUGGGAAGUGAAGUGGUCUUCACCUGUGAGGAGGGCUACGAGCUGAUUGGUUGGGCUGAGAUCACAUGCCUAGAGUCGGGAAACUGGGAUCACCCUUUCCCAUACUGCAGAGCGCUGUCCUGUCGAAGGCCGGCCAUCCCGGAAAACGGACUCAUGAAAGGGACGAACUUCACUUUCGGAAGCAAGGUGACUUUCAGCUGCAAGAAAGGGUUUGUCCUGCGGGGUUCAGCAGAUAUCCAGUGUCUGGCUAGCCUGAAGUGGAGCAGAGUGCCCCCUGUCUGUGAGGCUGUUACAUGCAACGAGCCCCCAUUCGUAGAGAAUGCGGAUGUCACCGUCACUGGGAAAACCUACCUGUCUAUUGCCACGUACACCUGCAGAGAGGGGUACAGAUUGCAGGGUCCUGCAAAGGUGUCUUGCGAGGCGUCGGGGCAGUGGAGCGACCCCAUCCCCCUGUGCGCCACAGUUAGUUGCGGAGACCCCCCUGCCCUGAGGGACGCCGUGACGGUCGGCGUCAACUUCACCCUGGGCAGCCAGGUGCACUACGUGUGCAAAGAAGGGUACACUUUGAUCGGACCGGAGACCAGGGAGUGCCUGUCAAGCGGCAAGUGGAGCCAGAGCUCCGCCCAGUGUGUGCCCCGCUCCUGCGGCCCGCCUCCUCCCAUCGACCACGCCUUCCCAGAGGCGGGCCAUCAGCUGUUUGGGGACACCGCCAUCUACUUCUGCGCCGAUGGCUACAGCGCGGCCAACAACUCCAAGGUCCUCUGCAACUCCCAGGGCAUGUGGGUGCCGCCCGAGGGCCAGGAGGCACCCCGCUGCAUCGCAAAUUUCUGCCAGCGCCCGCCUGACCUUCCCCACGCCAUCCUGGACUCCAUCAACAAGCCCAAGUACAGCAGCAACACCGAGGUCAGCUACAAGUGUGAGGAAGGGUUCAUGCUCAACACCACGGCGAUCCUCAAGUGCAUCAUGGGAGGGGAGUGGGUACCCUCGCCCUUCGGCAUCGGGUGUGUCCCCGUGCGUUGCGCCAAGCCUGUGAGCAUUGAGAACGGGUACGUCAGUGGGACUAACUACAGCUUUGGCGCGGUGAUAGCCUACAGCUGCGACAAGGGCUUUCUGAUCCAAGGGGAAAAGAGGAGGACCUGCAAGGCCGACGGGGAGUGGGGCGGGGUCCUUCCAUCCUGCCAGCCUGUGCCCUGCCCUAGUCCUCCUCUGCUUAAGAACGGCUUCAUCAAGACCAAAAGCCGCUUCGUGUUCAACAGCAAGGUGACAUACGCCUGUGACCCGGGAUUCCGCCUGACGGGCAAGCCGGAGCGCGUAUGCCAGGCCAAUCACCAGUGGUCCAAUGAAGACCCACCCACCUGCGUUCUCCUCACCUGUGAUACCCCUCCUACCAUUGCACAUGGCCACUACAAGGGCUCCACCUUCGAGGUGGGCCAGAAGGUGGAGUAUGUCUGUGACGAGGGGUAUGAGCUCACGGGCGAUGCCGUCUGGACCUGCCUGAAGUACGGCAAGUGGGACAUGUCCAGGACCCCCCAGUGCACCCCUGUCCAGUGCCCUGAACCCCCCUUGGAGGAGAACCACCUGGUCCUUAAGAGCCUGGACUCUGAUUCUGGAAGUAUCCAGCUCUCUUGCGAGGAUGGCUACGUCCUACACGGUGCUCAGUUCCUCCGCUGCACCCCAGCUCAGGAGUGGAAUGACACCUUCCCCAUCUGCAAGCAGGUGUUCUGUGGGUCGCCCCCCGAGGUGCCCUUUGGGGACCCCUCCGUCACGCCCUCCUACUUCGGGAGCGUGGUGACCUACACCUGCAUGGACGGCUUCACGCUGAGGUCGGGGAGCACAGUCACCUGUCAGGCGGAUGGGCACUGGAGCGCUCCCUUCCCAGAGUGCACCCCGGUGGAGUGCCCACAGCCCGAGGAGAUUCCGCACGGCAUAGUGGACGUCCAGGGCCUCUUGUACCUCAGCACUGCCAUCUACAGCUGCAAACCGGGAUACAGCCUGGAGGGGAACUCCACGGUGCUGUGCGGGGAGAACGGGCUCUGGAUCGGAGGGGUUCCGGUGUGCCAGCCCAUCGAGUGUACCGCGCCGAAGGAGAUCCCCAACGGGAUGGUGUCCUACUCCAGGCUGCAGUUCAGGCACACGGUCACCUACGCCUGCAGGCGAGGUUUCCGUCUGGAGGGGUCCGAGUCGCUGAACUGCCUGGAAACGGGUGAGUGGGACAAAGAGACCCCCGUCUGCGUGCAGAUCUACUGCACCCCACCACAGCCCAUUGAGAAUGGCUUUGUAGAAGGCCAGGACUACAAGUUUGGGGUGACCAUAUUCUACAGCUGCUUCCCCGGGUUCCAGCUUGUGGGCCAUAACCAUUUGACCUGCGAGGAGACUGGGUGGUCCAGCUCGAUCCCAACCUGCGUACCCACCGACUGCGGCCUACCCCCUCACAUUGACUUUGGGGAGUACAUUAAAACUGUAAACCCCAGUGGCGAACCAGACGGAGCUUAUCUACACCUCUCGAUGACGUCCAAGCCUGGGGGUGAAGCGGUAUUGUCGACAGACUUGAGCUUCCUGCAGGGCACAUUGAUCGUGUACCACUGUCACAUGGGGUAUGAGCUGAGUGGGGUCUCGGCGCUAGUCUGCCAGGAGGACGGGUUGUGGAAUGGAACUGCUCCUGUGUGCCUACCUGCAGACUGUGACCCUCCGGCCAGCCCCGAGCAUGGCUCCGUGACUUUCUCAGACACAGCACUGGGCAGCUUGGUCCAGUAUAACUGCGAUGAGGGCUAUGAACUGGAGGGGCAAACCAUUCGGCAGUGUGUUUCGGGUAGGCAGUGGAGUGACACCGCCCCCUACUGCAAGGCUGUGUCCUGCGGGGACCCGGGGGUAAUUGCUAAUGGUACGAUCCUGGGGAAUUCCUUCACAUAUCUGAGUGUCAUUCGUUAUGAGUGCCAUGCUGGAUUUCUCCUGCAGGGCAGUGACACCAGCAGCUGCCUUUAUGAUGGGCAGUGGGACAGCAAGAAACCCUGGUGUGAGCCUGUAUCCUGUGGGCCACCAGUAGUCCCAGGUGAUGUCAGAGUGGAAGGGGAGUACUACACCUUCAACAAACAAGUAUUGUAUAGCUGCAAGAGUGGCUUUGUCCUGGAGGGGCCAGCUAGCAGUUUGUGUCUGGCCAAUGGGAAUUGGAGCCACACGAGCCCUAUGUGUCGACCAGCUGUCUGCGGCAGACCCCCCCUCAUCCUGAAUGGCCACCUCCAGGGGUCAGACUUUGGCUACAAGAGUGAAGUGACAUACGUGUGUGACGAGGGCUACACCCUAAUCGGGAGGUCCCAGCUGGUGUGUCAGGGCGACGGGUUGUGGGACGCCCCGCCUCCAAGCUGCGUGAUCAUCACCUGUGACCCGCCAGAGGACAUCAGCCAUGGUUACCUGAACGGGACCAGCUUUAACUUCGACGACGUGGUGGAGUAUGUGUGCUUCCCAGGGUACCAGGUGGUGGGUAACCCUUUCCUGCGCUGCUCGUCGGCAGGGACCUGGGUGGGGGCGGUGCCCGAGUGCCGGGCAUGCGUCUGUGACUCACCCGUCCUGAAGUUCGGGGCGGUGCUGGGCAGGGAUCACGCCUGCGGGGACAAGGUGUGGUUCCGCUGUGAUGAGGGGUACAGGACGUUAGGCCCAUCAGAGGCCACCUGCGAGAAGGGCGGAGUCUGGAGCCCGGGCGUGCCUGUCUGCGGGAGGGCUAGGUGCUCCGCCCCGCCCCCCGCGGUGCCCAACGCCGUCCUGCAGGGGGGCAGCGCCACUUCACCCGAGACGGUCACCUACAGGUGUAGGCCUGGCUACCAGAUGAGUGGCUAUGCCCACCUCACCUGUACCGGGAGCGGCAGGUGGAGCGAGCCACGUCCCACGUGCAAGCCGGUGUCCUGCGGAGUGCCCCCACCUGUCCCAAAUGCACAGGUCAUCGGGGACACGUUCACGUUUGGGAGCCAAGUACGGUACAGCUGUCUGAAAGGGUUCGAGCUGGAGACGCAGACGGACACCCUGAGCUGUCUGAGCGACGGCACCUGGUCGCCCCACAGAGUCCGAUGCAGGCCGCAGCCUUGCGCUCUGCCCGCCAACCUCACCCACGUUGUCAUCACAGGGGAGGAGGUCAGCCCCGCCGGCAGGACCGUCACCCUCUCCUGCGAGCAGGGGUAUCACCUGCAGGGGCCCGAGGUGUCUGAAUGCCAGCCUGGUGGCAGCUGGUCUCCCGGGUUUUCCUCUGACUCCUGUGUGCCAGUCAGCUGUGGAAUGCCCCUUCCCCUGCACCAUGGCAACAUUGAGGGGGAAAGCUAUAACUACGGGGAUGUGGUCAUAUACAAGUGCCUCCCUGGGUUCAAAAUACAGGGUGACUCUGUGAAGAUCUGCCAAGGAGACAAAACAUGGAGUGGCGUGCACCCUGUGUGUAAUGCUGUGUCAUGUGGCCCACCUCCUUCUGUGGAAAAUGCGGUUGCUACAGCAACAGGUGAAACGUACCAAAGCAAAGUGAGCUACGUGUGCGUGUCUGGGCUCCAUCUGGUUGGCCCUCAGAACCUUACUUGCCUGACUAAUGGAACCUGGAGUCAGCCAGCACCAGUGUGUGAGGCUGUUCAGGCUUGUGAAACCCCUGGAAAGUUACUGAAUGGGAAGUUUGAGGAACACUACUUGCCCACUGGGGCCGCUGGUGAAUUCCAGUGUGACAAGGGCUACUCUCUGGAAGGGGAGUCUUUCAUCUUCUGCUUAGACAAUGGGUCCUGGAGCUCCCCAUUCCCCACUUGUGCACCCAAGCCCUGCCCCCCACCCCCAGGCCUGACAAGGACAAGCAGCAAUGUCACUCAGGAAGCCUUCUUCGUAGGCCAGAUGGUGUCCGUCAGCUGCCCGAAGGGCUACCAGACUCAGGGGGCUGCAACCAUCACCUGUAAGAGUGACCAGACAUGGACCUCCAGCAGUGCGGCUUGCGAGAGGGUGUCCUGCGGCCCCCCUCUCCACGUGGCCAACGCAGUGGUGCGAGGGGCGGUCUUCCAGUUCGGGGACACGGCCGUGUACUCGUGCUUCGGAGGGUACAGCAUGGAGGGCUCCAGUAGAAGCGUGUGCCUGGAGAACGGGACCUGGACCCCGCCUCCCACAUGCAAAGCGGUGUGCUGGCUCCAGUGUCAGAAUGGAGGAGUGUGCCAGAGGCCCAACACUUGCUCCUGCCCGGAGGGCUGGAUGGGCCGGCUCUGCGAGGACCCGAUCUGCAUUUUGCCGUGUCUGAAUGGCGGCCGCUGCGUGGCUCCGUAUCAGUGCGAGUGCCCUGAGGGAUGGAGCGGAACGCGGUGUCACAGCGCGGUUUGCUCAUCGCCUUGUUUGAAUGGAGGGAGGUGCAUCAGGCCAAACAGAUGUCACUGCAGUCCGGGAUGGAGCGGACAUGACUGUUCCAGGAAAAGGAAAUCAGGAUAUUUUCAUUUUUAAAGUCAAGAUAUGUUUCUCCACAUGAGAUGCUCCACAGAAUGAGAUUGUAUUCUUGCUGAACUUGGUAUGGAACAUAACUUCA